AUGCUAUCUAGAUAUAACAUUAAUGGGCGUACAAUUUAAGAAGAAAAGUUAUUAUCUGAAGGUGGAUAUGGUUACAUACUGAAAGCAAUUGAUGUGAACACCAAAGAGGUUUUUGCAUUGAAAAAAUCUUAUUGUUAAGGAGAGGAGAGAACAAAAGUAGCUAGAAAUGAAUUGGAAAUUAUGAAACGAUUACCUAGACAUCCAAAUUUGGUCAAUUUCAUUGGAGGCACUUUUAUAUAAGACAAAGGACAGCAAGUAUGUUUGAUUCUAAUGGAAUUUUGUGGAGGAGGAAGUUUAUUUGAUUUGAUGGCUAAAGAUCCAAAUGCAAGAUUUCCAGAAGAAUAACUCUUAGGCUAUAUGAGAGAAAUUACAUAAGGCAUUAAAUCCUUGCAUACUUUACAACCAGCUAUGACUCAUAGGGAUAUUAAAAUAGAGAAUGUGUUAUUUUAAAACGGAAGAUGCAAGUUGUGUGAUUUUGGAUCAGCUAGCACUCAAAGAGUCGACUUAAGUCAAAUCAGAUAAUCUGAUUUCGUAAUUUAUGAGGAAGAAUGGGAAAAAAAUACAACUUUAAUGUAUAGACCACCGGAAAUGGCUGACCUGUUUUUGAGAUAUGAAGUAGGAGAGAAAGCCGAUGUUUGGAUGUUAGGAUGUGUACUAUACACGUUGUGUUUUUUCAUUCAUCCAUUUCAGGAGAGCUCAAAACUAGCCAUUUCAACUGCUACAUAUAAUAUGCCUAAAUAGCAUAGAUAUUCAGACAAGUUGAUUGAUUUUAUUAGACUUAUGCUUACUCCUGAUCCAAAAUUAAGACCAUCUAUUUUUGAUAUUGAAAGAAUUCUAGCUUAAUUUAAUUCAUUACCAUAUAUAUAAUUGAAUGCACAAGCAAUUGAAAUUAAAAAUAGAGAACAGAAAUUGGAACAAGAAAUGGAAUAGUAUAAUAAAAAUAGUUUCAAGGUGAAAAAAUUUGAUGGAGAUAUUCCAAUUGAUGAAUUAAUGAACUUAUAAAAAAAGAUAUAAACAGAAAAGACUUAAGUCAAAUAACAAUAAUAGUAAAUUAGAUAACCUUAACAAUAAUAUAUCUAGAGAUAAUAAAUGCAAUAAUAAUAACAAUAAUAAUAAAGAUAAUAGUAGUAACAAUAAUUUCAGCCAUUCUCUGAAUUUAAUUAAUAAUAACAAUAAUCAAAGUCAUCGUAAGAUAUUUUUGCUUAAUUUAACAAUCCACAAUAAGGAUUUAGUUUAAACAAUGCUUGGGAUAGUUCUAAUUAAUGGGCCUAACAAUAAUCUAAUCAAUAAGCUUUUGAUAAUUUUGGAUUUGUUUCAACUUCUCAUUCUCCAAGUCCAAAUCCUUUUUAGUGGGAUACCCAAUUCAAUUAACCGUAAUAAUAGUAAUAAUAAUAAUAAUAAUAAUAAUAACAACAAUAACAUGUAUAAUAACAAGUAUAAUAAAUGCAAAUUAAUUCAUUUUCUGCCUCUCCAUCAAAUAGUGCCUGGGACAUGACUACUAAUUAUACUGAAUAAUCCCAUCAAUCAACUCAACCAUCAACAAAUUUCUGGGGUGGAAACAGUUAACAAUAAUUUGGAGUUCAAAAUGCCUAAAUAUAAUCUUAAUAAUUACCUUUAAAUCCUCAAUAAGAAACGAUUGAUUUGAUAGGAUUGAAUGAGCCAUAGCCUUAAUAAUAAUAAUUUGAUUUAUCAAAUAUAAUAUUAUGAGUGAGUAAUUAUGACUAGUGAUGUAUUGAUAAGAUACAUCAUAU